AUGGCCCGUGGGCAGUUCGUGAACAAACUGCAAGAGGAAGUGAUCUGUUCCAUCUGCCUGGACGUUCUGGAAAAACCUGUCACCAUCAACUGUGGGCACAAUUUCUGCCUCAAAUGCAUCACUCAGAGUGGGGAAGCAUCAUGCGAAUUUUUCAAAUGUCCUCUCUGCAAAACUUCUGUAAGGAAGAAUACAAUGGUGUCCAACUGACUGUUGGUGAAUCUGGUGGAGAAAAUCCAAGCUCUAGAUGCCUCUGAGGUGCAGUCUGAAAGGAAAAUGCCUACAUGCCUGGGGCACGAGGAGAUGUUCCAUUAUUUUUGUAAGGAUGAUGGAAAGUUCCUCUGUUUUGUGUGUCGUGAAUCCAAGGAUCACAAAUCUCAUAAUGCCAGCUUGAUCAAUGAAGCUGCCAAGAAUUAUCAGGGGCAGAGUCAAGCGCAGAUUGAAGUCUUACAGCAAAGAGAGACCGUACAAAUGAAGGCACAAGGCGAACAGAGCAUCCGUGUCUUCGGGCCACAUCUUCCUAGGAGUGAAGGAUUUCAGUUUCUCAAGCCAACCCCUGUUCCUUUGGAGCUGGAGAGAAAACUCAGUGAAGCAAAAUCAAGAUACGACUCCAUCACAGAGAGCCUGAAACAAUGAAAAGAUCACCUGCAGGCUGAUAGGAAAAGAGAUGAAAACGGAUUCUUCAAAAGCAUAAAAAAUGACAUGAAGAGCUGGCACCAGGUUUCUGGACAAACUCCUCUGGGCAGAACAGUUACAUCAAGGCCACCAAAUUGCCACUCCUCAGCCCCAUCCCACUGCUGGUCUUGGGCCUCCUCUGCUGGGAAAGUCGCUCUUCCAGAAUCCGACCCAUUUUUUAUAAACCACCCCGGGGCCUCUUAUGCUGAGGUAUCUGAUUGCAGAGCCAGCUGUCAGAACACGAAGAGAUUUGACACUGAGGCUGUCCAAGGAGCUCCCUGUGGCACGGAGUGGCUGACAGUAAUCCUGGCUUGUUUUGUGAAGUUCCUUCAAGGCAAGCCAGCUCAGAGCGCACGGGGAGCCGUGGUGCUGUUCAGACGUAGGAGCAUAGAAUGGCACUGA